AUGGCGGCUUGUAUCGGCACAGCAAAACGACAGGCAUGGAGACGGCUGACAGGUUGCAUCCUGGUUCUUGCAAUCACAAGUUGGCAUACCCUACAUGCGGCAUUCUUCGCAGAGAUUUCUCGGCGAGAUCCGGGAAGGAGGGAGCUCCGCUGCGAGUAUUCCGGCCCCGGCGAGGAACGGCCACCGGACACAGGACAGUCAAAUCCACGAAAUUCGUAUGUAAGUUCGAUUAUGCUUGUCCCCCUGAGGCUGUUGGAGCUGUCCUGUUACCCUAAGACCUGUCGCCAAUGUUGGGGAAGCUUGAAAGAAGCCUCUCAAACUGACAUGGCGAACUUCCAAAACCAGAUCCCACCGAUUCAAACAACAAGUAGUACAAGCAAAUUCAGGUUAUCGCUUCCUCUCAGUUGCGGUGGACGGCUCCUCGUGCAAGGAUACAGGGCGUCAGAGCAGCAGGUGCCGCCAGGGUGGCCCACUGGGAGCUUUCAGGAGUGGAGGAGCUUGGUCUUCGAAUCGGCACCAGAAACUGCCAAGGAGCGGGGCCCGCCUUUUGUCCAAUCUGUGUCGAAAGUGACGUGCACAGCUGACGGCCGCUGGCUCCCAGAAGCUGAUCCUCAGGUUCUGGCCUUGAACUAUCCCAAGACCCUUGCAGCCUCGGUUGCUGCAAGCUUGGUGAUGAUGGACGCCCGGUCGCCUCGCAUCUUGGUGAUUGGCCUUGGUUCAGGCUCUGUGCCACUCUGGCUGGCCAACGCAGUCCCAGACAGCUCUGUUGAUGUGGUGGAGUUGGAGGAGGCAGUGAUCCGUGCUGCCGGCGAAGCUCUGGGUUUCCCCGCCGCGGGGGGUAGUGGAGGCACCGGCUCCUCCCCAUUGCGCCGAGCGUUGAGAGGUCGCCUGCAAGCGAUCUGCGGCGACGGUGCCGCCCUGGCUGCGGAGUGGGCAGCUGAUCCUCACGGUCCCCGAUACGAUGCUGUCAUCAUCGAUGCUUACGACGCUCUCAACCGGGUCCCACGACCUUUGUGGGACGAGGCUGGGCCGCUUGCAGAAGCCCUGCCCGUGCUUCUCAAAGAACGAGCCGUGGUCGCGGCCAACGUGCCGCCUGGAUUCCCCACCGAGGAGAUGCUCCGCGGCUUUCAGAAGCGACUUCAGGGCAGCAAGGCACAGGCCGCUCCAGCUUUGGCUCUUGAGGUGCCGGAGACGGCCAACACGGUGGCGCUGGUCCUCCGCGGCAGCGGCAGCGCGGUGGAGUUCUACGGUCACCUCUGUGAGGCUGCCGAACGCUUCCAGCAAAGCGGCGUUUGCCUCUUCGAUGCGCCCGAGCGGCUCACGAAGUGCGCGGUGCAAGCCUGGUAG